AUGACGGCCUCUAGAACUGAUUUGUUGCAGUGGCUCAACGAGCUCUUGCAAAUCAACUACACCAAAGUCGAGCAAUGUGGCAGCGGAGGCGCGUACUGCCAAAUUCUCGACUCAAUCUACGGCGAUCUACCUAUGAUCAGAGUCAAAAUGAACGCGAAACACGAAUACGAAUACGUAGCGAACUACAAAGUCAUGCAGAACGUAUUCAAGGCAAAGAAGAUCGACAAGCCAAUCCCCGUAGAGAAGCUGGUAAAAUGCAAAAUGCAGGAUAACCUCGAAUUCCUCCAAUGGAUGAAACGGUUUUGGGACCAAAAUUACGGCGGUCAAGGGUAUGAUGCAGUCGCCCGACGGAAGGGCGUAGCCUUGGAGGCACCCGCCACUGUCGCCCCCAUCGCCACCUCAAGGAGCACUACAAACCCCGGACUGGCUGCCGCUGCUGGUAGGGCCGGUGGGAGGACACCCGUUAGCGGUUACCGAUCCGGUUCUGCCCAACCAAACGAGGCCGUACAGGCACUCCAGGCGCAGCUGAAGGAAAUGUCGACGCAUCUAGAAGGGCUCGAGAAGGAGCGGGAUUUUUACUUUGAGAAGCUACGAGAUAUCGAGAUCCUCGUCCAGCAACAGGUGGAGGCCCUAGAAGCCGAAGGGAAGCCUGACGACGCGACGUUGAAGGACAUCCAAAAGAUUCUCUACUCGACCGAGGAGGGCUUUGAAGUUCCUGAAGGAACUGCCGUCGACGAGGAGGAAACUUUCUGAUGCGAAUCCUCGUCUUCACAUCUUGGCCAUGCUGUUCUUUAGUCGAUAUCGAUACCAUAGCAUUUCAUACAUCAAUUACUCCACUCCUUAGUACCUUCUUCCUCAUCUACCAGCUGUUCUCAGGUGCAACCAAUAAAAAGUAAUCAACGGCUCCGGGCUGGGGCCGCCCCGC